AUGGAAGCACUUUUAAUUUUAUCAAGUGCAAUUAGUGAAAAAAAGUUAAAUGGAGAUAGUGUAAUUAUACUCGACGAUAAAAACAACAAUAUAGACAACGGUAGCGAUAAUGAAACAGAAGUUAAUGAAAAAUUAAAUGAUGAUAUUAGUGUUGAAUUAAAUAAAGAUUCCGAUAACUCAUUAUCACCAACAAUUUUAGGUUUAAAAAAUAGAGAAAUCUCCAAAGAAGAGGGAGCAGUUGAUGUAUCAUCUCAAACACAAAAUACAGCAAACACCGCCACAAUAGAUUCAAAAAAAGUUAAUAAAACUGUUCAAAGACGUAAAAAGAAGUUUGAUGGUAAAGAUGUUUCCGAAAGAGUUAAAGAAAUCGAAAAUGAUAGAAAGAGAAAAUCAUGUAUGAUGCAUUGGAGAUUCAAACCAACAUACAAUAAUAAUAAUAGUAAUAAUAAUAGUAGUAACUCUCAAACUAAUACCAAUAAUAUUCAAAAUAUUAAUAAUUGUAAUAAUACCCCAAUAAAUGGUUAUAACCAAAAUAGCAACUUUGAUGAUUUACCAUAUGAUGAAUAUGAAGAAAAUGAAGAAAAUACCAUUACACCCAAUUAUAAUAGUACUAAUAAUAAUAGAGGUAAUAAUGAUAAUAUCAAAAUCAAUAAUAGUAAUAUUAAUAACAAUAGUAAUAAUAAUAGCAAUAAUUAUAAUAAUAAAAAUUUAAAUGAUAUUGAAAUUAUUGACCAACCAAAAAUAAAAGAUGAUGAAAAAAUUGAAGUAAUCGACAACAGUAAACCAGAAAUUAAACUUAAAGAGCAAGAAGUUGAAACAUUAUCAUCGGAACAUGAUGAUAAAGAACAAACAAUACCCAAUACAAACUCUAUCAAGGAUCUCCAAGAUCAAAAGCCAAAAGAUGAUGCCACCGAUGGUAAAAAGAAGAGGAGAAGAAGCUCAACCCCAUCAAUUCAUAGCUAUGUUUCACAUUGGAAACUCGAUUCUAAAAUUCCAUCAAAACAAAAACAAGAUCAACAAAAAUUACAACAAGACCAAGUUCAACAACAACCACAAGAGGCAUGUAAUCAACAAAACUUUUACCCUAACGAUCAACAAUGUUGCCAACAAUCACCACAAUUCCAAGAUCCACAUUAUUAUCAACAAGCACAAUAUCAAAUGCCAUCUCAUCAUCAAUUCCAACAAUAUCAAGACCACCAGCAACAAUACCAACAAAAUCCAAACUAUAUCUCGAGAAUGCCUUCUGAUGAAUUUAACAAUGGUGUCGACAUGAAUGGAGCUUACCCAAAAUAUCACCCAUAUAAUAAAAUACCUUGCGGAACAAUUAAAACAUUUGUUAGUUCACCAUCAAGCUCACCUAGAGUUACUGUAUCCCCACGUAUCUCGAGCUCGCCAAGAGUACCAACUUAUUCUGACCAUUCACCAUUCCAUACCCCAAGACCAACUGAAAGAAGACACUCACUUGGCAGUGUGCCAUCAUAUCAACCAACUCCAUAUGGUGGAUAUCAAGAGGCUCCAUUGCAGUAUCAACAACAGCAACAUGUUUCAAUUCAGCAACAAUCAUUACAACAACCAUCACCACCAUCAUCACCAUCACCAACUAUACAACAACAACAACAAACACCAUCUCAGCCAGUACACCACUCAACAACUCCACAAUUUCAUAUUCAGUUGCAAAAUAUUCAUCGUCAUUCUCAAAUGCAAUUAUCACCUCAUUUAUCUCCACACUUAUCACCACAUCAUAUUCCAAUGUCACCCCAUUUAUCUCCACAUCCACCACACUCACCACAAAUUCAAGUCCCAAUGUCACCUCAUUUAUCUCCACAUCCUCAAUCACCUCAUCAUAUCCCAAUGUCGCCACAUUAUAUUUCAUCACCAGGUUUACACAGUGCUAAAAACAAUGCUUACCUCCAACCAAUACCUGAAAUAAUGCAUCAAUCAAUUUCAUCACAACAAAAUAAUAGCGUUAUCGAAUAUAAUUCAAAUUGUCCCUCAUCAUAUCAAUCAAUGUCACCUCCCCCAACACCAUUUUCUCCUCACAAAUCUAUGGUACAACCAUCUCCUCGUUCCAGCUCAAACACUCCAAGAACGCCACACUACAUUACAAGUGAAAUGUUAUCAUCACCAAGACAAAUUUCAACACCUCAAAUAAUAUAUAAUAAUAAUAGCAACAAUAAUAAUAUAAAAUCGAUGCCAUCACCAUGCAUUAUAUCGGCAUCAUCAUCACCUUCCUCACCAGUAUGUAAUGGAAAGAAAUUUGUGACAUCUAUAAACCUUUCUAAUACCAGUGGAUGUUGUAAUGAAAUGAUAUCUUCACCCAAAGAUGGUUGCGAAAAAUUACCUUCAGUUAAAGAUCUACUUGAUAAUCUUAACAUCAAUUCGCCCUCUACAACUCCAAAUUCUCAAACUCCAAGAGUAGUGCACGAAACCAACAAACCUCAAAAAUCAAAAUUAUUAUUCCUUUUAACACCAAAUUCAUAA